UCGGUUCCAUGGUCGAGCUCGGGACUUCAAGCUAAAAAAUAAGAAAUAAAGAAGGAUUUUUGGAACGUUUUAGGGGCAAGAACAUAAUGGAAGAUUCUGCAGCUCCCUCCCCCGCCCGUGAGGCCGCUGGGGCCAAGGCAGGUGCUGAGGAAGUGGGGGAGGGCGUGUCUUCUCCCGGCCUUCCCGGGUGUGAUGCCUCCGGGGCAUCUUCAGCUGUUGAAACAGCCUCUAGACAACAGAUUUCAGGCCUGGCACCUCUCCCUGUGGCUCCUGUCCAAGUCCCGCUUCGCACAGCCGGUUUGUGGCCAUCUCAGGCUGCAGGGGGCGGAGCUAGGCCCAGGGAUCUGCCGGAGCGCAGCAGUGGCAGCUGGACAAAGCAAAUCAUCUGCAGGUAUUAUCUACAUGGGCAGUGCAAGGAGGGGGAGAACUGUCGCUACUCCCACGAUCUCUCGGGGCGAAAGAAGGCCAGGGAGGGCCAAGAUUUGCCAAGACAGGCCUCUGCAGAUAGAGGACCCAGUAUGGCUGCGCCCAGUGAGCCGGAGCCCCCAACACAGGACGUGGCGGAAGCCCCCCCUACUACAUCCUCAAGCUCAUUGCCUCUGAUUGGCUCGGCUGUUGGCAGGGGCUUCAUUGAAGCAGAGGCAGACAAUGCAGGCCUUGAAGCAGCGGGAGGAGCAGGUGCAGCAGGAUGGGAGGGGGCGAUUGAGUUUGUUCCUGGACAGCCCUACAGAGGUCGCAUGAUCCCUCCGCAUGGUCCCGAGGCUCCUGUACGGAGAUUGACUGAAAGAGAACAGAUGGCUUUGGGUAUGGGGAUGCCGCUUUGCCGCUAUGCUGCUAGGGGACAUUGCUUUCGUGGGGAGAGGUGUGCAUACCUUCAUGGAGAUGUAUGCGACAUGUGUGGGUUGCAGGCUUUGCACCCUGUGGAUGCAGCCCAGCGGGAAGCCCAUAGAAGGGCCUGCAUUGAAUCACAUGAGAGAGAUAUGGAACUUUCCUUUGCUGUGCAGCGCAGCAUGGACAAGGUGUGUGGCAUCUGCAUGGAGGUUGUCUAUGAGAAAGCUGACCCCAGCGAUCGCCGCUUUGGCAUCCUUUUCAGCUGUAAUCACACCUACUGUCUUACAUGCAUCCGCAGGUGGAGAAGUGCCACACAAUUUGAGAACAGGAUCAGUAAGUCCUGCCCACAGUGCAGGGUCUCAUCCGGCUUUGUCAUUCCUAGAAUUACACCUUUUAUUGGAUCUAAGUGUUCAUCAAUAAACAAGCUUCAGAAAAUCCUGUUUUUACAUUAAAACUCCAUGGCCUUAAGUUGUGCUUUAGUUACCUGACUUAAGUUUCCAUUUGUGUAAGGUAGGAGGUCUAUGACAAGGUUCCUGUUUACAUAUGGACAUUUGAAUUUUCGACUAUCACCUGUUGAAAUGAUUGUCUACUGCCAUCUGCCUUUGUACCUUUACCAAAAUCCAGCUCACAGUCUUGUUGUUUUGUUUUGUUUAUUGCUGUUUUCAUGGGCUUUCUGUUUGGAUCCACAAAUCUAUGUGCCACCUCUUUCACCUGAAUCAUGUUGUUUGCUCUGUUUCUCUGUUUCUAACCCAAACCAUAUUUGCCCAUGGAUAUUCAAGUAUGACUACUACAGCAAAUUGUCUAUAUGAGAAUUCACUGAAGGUUCUGGCAUUUCAUAGAUGCUCCAAGGAGACAGUACAAACAGAACUUCCUACUCUUUUUUUCAGCACCUGUAAUGGAACUCAGGCCCUUUUGCAUGUUAAGUAAAUAUGACAUCAUGUAGCCACAUCCCAAGAUAUAUUAUUCUUACAAGAUAGCAGAACACUGGCUAUGAAUCUUCAAAAGGACAAGCAUCUUAAGCCACAAUUCAGUUGGAAUCACAUGGUCUCAAGGACUAGAACAUUCCCACUAGGUUAUCUCAUAUUGCAUUACCAAAUGCACUUGGGCUCCACAUUUCCUGGGGGGUUUUCAUGUUCUGUGUGCAAUAUUGCAUCUUUCACCUCUGUCCAUGCUACUUAAUGUCAUGUUAAAACACCAUAGUCCCUUGCACUGGAGAGGCCUUAACUGAAAAUUGCACAUCAGUUUGCCAUCUGUUCCUCCAUGCUCAACCUGUGGUUAUACUAGUGUGCAUAAUGUCUCUGCACUAAACACAGUCGACUUGCUGCCUAUAAACUUGGGACAAAAAUGCCCCCAUUGUCACCGAUGUUCUUAGAACUGUAGGUUCUAAACUUUGAGAGUGAGACAUGCCCUGGCCCCCAGCACAAGUUCUCAUGCUGUCUUGAGAAUAGGAUGUUCCUCAGCACAGUCAUUGAAGUCUCCUUGCAAUAAUACCUAUGUGCUGGGCAUAGUUCAAAACAGUGGGACUGACAGAACUUCAGAACCUCAUUAACUUAGGGACACUAACCAGGAACUUGACUGGUGUGACCAUGAAUAUGAAGUGGUGUAUUAAUACAAAUUAAACCUGUGUGAAGCUAUCAACUGUGGAAA